CCCUCCCCAUUGGCUCCCUGGGAAUUUGGGGAGCCUCUGAGCUAGGGGUGGGGGAGGAGCCGGGCGCGCGCGCUGCAUUGUGUGCCCCGCCGCGGGAGCGCGGGAUGCGGGGGCCCGCGGCUGUCGGGGGCGCGCCUCAGGGCUCCGUCCGGCGGGUCCCGUUGGAGGUGGCUGGCUCGCUCGGGGCGGCGGGGAGCGGAGCGGAGCCGGCCGGCGCCAUGGAGGAGCUGAGCAGCGUGGGCGAGCAGGUCUUCGCCGCCGAGUGCAUCCUGAGCAAGCGGCUCCGCAAGGGCAAGCUGGAGUAUCUGGUGAAGUGGCGAGGCUGGUCCUCCAAACACAACAGCUGGGAACCUGAAGAGAAUAUUCUUGAUCCAAGGCUGCUCCUUGCCUUCCAAAAGAAGGAACAUGAGAAAGAGGUGCAGAAUCGGAAGAGGGGCAAACGACCCAGAGGCAGGCCCAGGAAACAUGUGGAACCAGAGGUGCCUCCAAAAAUCAAGUCAAGUAGCUCCUCAUCCUCCACCUCUUCAUCUUCCUCCUCCUCUGAUGAAGAGGAUGAGAGUGACCUGGAGGCAAAGAGAGGUCCCCGGAGCAGAGAGACUCACCCAGUGCCACAGAAGAAAGCUCAGAUUCUGGUUGCGAAGCCAGAAAUAAAAGACCCUGUCAGGAAGAAGCGUGGGCGGAAACCUCUGCCUCCGGAGCAGAAGGCAGCCAGAAGGACCAUGAACCUGGCAAAGGUGCUGAAAACAACCCGAAAGGAGACGGGGGGAGGUUCUAAGCUGAUGGGGAAAUUGCAGCCCCAACACAAUGCUCAGAGCUCAGGUAUUGCUGUGCUUAAAUCUAAUGUGAAAGAGCCCCAAAGUGCACUGAGUGGGCUUGGUUCAGGGGGCUUAUCCGCUGAGAACCUGCCCAAUAUACUGAAGGGCUCCUCUGGGAGCCCAAACCACGGGAUCAGCUGGCAGAGUUCGAUCGUGCACUACAUGAACAGGAUGUCCCAGAACCAGAGCUCUGCAGAGGCCCCAGCCCCAGGGAGGCUGGCACUCAAGUCACAGGCAUCCACCAAGAGUAGCCUAGGACUGGACUUAAAAAUGAGAAACCAGAAAGGAGCUGGGGAGCCGGGGUUGAAUGUGCAAGGCUCCAAAGCAGCCAAGGCACUCGGCAGUGGUGCUGGGGGGGAUCAGAAAUCGGGCUUCACCGCUGGGGCUCAGACCCUGCCCAACGGCAGCAAGGCACCUGUGAAUUCGCCUGCCCCAGGAAACCAGCUGACUUCCAAUCAGGAGCUGAACCUUCAAGCUUUAAACUUACAGAGUGUCAAAAAUGGGCCGAAUUCAGCAGGUGGCAGCAGCCUCCCUCGGCAUGUCUGUGGAACUCUGGCCAAAAGUGCCGGCGCCGCAGCUGUGAAUGCGGGGGCAGCCGCUGCCAAGGGCAGUGGGGUGGGCACAGUGCUGAAUGCACAAAACACUGGGCUGCCGCCAGGCGUGGACACCUGCAAAAAUGAGAAACCAAUGCAAAGAGCAGCUGCUGGGGAAAGAGACGUGACAAAAGGCGGUGCCCCAUGUGUGCAAGAGGGGCACCCCACAACAGAGAACCGCAAGCCAGCAGCCCUGUCUGAAAUGAGCACCGGCGAAGAGGAGACCAGCUCCGAUUCGGAUCGGGAUUCUGCCUCGUUUCCUGGUAUGGGCCAGAACAUGUCAGUCUCCAUCCAGACCAGCCAGGACUGGAAACCCACCCGCAGCCUGAUCGAACACGUCUUUGUCACAGACGUGACAGCCAAUCUGAUUACAGUGACUGUCAAGGAGUCUCCCACCAGUGUUGGGUUUUUCAAUCUUAGACAUUACUGAACCAGGAGGUGCGAGGUGGGGGGAUGGGUUCCCAUAGCCCCUUCUGAUGCCUCUUUCCCAUUGGCUUUACCUGAUUGUUUCAUUGGGUUUUUCUUCAAGUGAAUGCCAGAUGGCAAUGAGAUUUGGGGAGGCAAAAAUCAGGUGUCCCUGCCCCUAUAAGCAAUUGGCUUUUAAACAGCACCCCGGCUUCCCCCAACAAAGUGUUCUGCCAUUGCCGGUCAGCAAUGUUCUUGAUGGUUCCUUGUAUCUGUGGAGGCUUCCUGGAGCCAAUAGAGAUUUUCUCUGAGGGCUGGGAGGAGUAGGAUACAGUGACACCUGUUAACAGCUACCAAAGGCCAUUCUGUUUUUCUGACCACUAGAGCAGAUGGCACCAGAGUAAGGCUAACGCUGUGGUUCUCCGGUGGGGAUUAAGGUUGGCUGGCUGGCUGCUGAAAAGUGCUUAGCAAGUGACUGGUAAGCCAGGUUUCUCUGUGGUUGGAUUUCUUUGCUGUACAACUUGAAAUGUCAGAACACCAGGUGCCUGCAACACCAGAACGUGCACGUACCUGGACAGUUGGGGAGAGGGCUAUGGGGUCAUGCAACAUAACAGGCUAAACCUUUUCCUUAAGAAAAAGGGGUUUUUUUUGUUUGUUUUGUUUUGUUUUCCUUCUCGGCAUUAGCACAAGCUCCUGGGACAGUCCAACUCAAUCCAAAUCAGCCAGACGGGUUCCGCAUGCUGCGGGGUGGGGGGUUGCCUGGGGAUGUGGAGGUUUUCAGGGGACAUUCGUUUAAGCCCAGCUACCCUCCUGGGCUAGGUUGCUCCCAGGGAUGAGCGUGAAGUGACUGCUAGUUCUCUUGUGAUGUUUUGCAAAUGAAAUGGAAAUAUUGUUUACAUUUUUAUACAGAAUCCUCCCUCGUUCAGAAGGGAGGUGGGGGGCACGGGGCCAUCAGACUCAAACUGUUGCUGCUGCUGCUGGCAAACCCAGGCCCGCUGGGGUGGGAAUGGGCGUCACAGCCUGCAUUCACACCAAGUGUGGCGCGUUGGGGGUGCACCGCAUGAGCUGGCGGCUGAUCAGUGGUGUGAGCUGCUGCUGUGAAUUUCUCUGUGUGCGUGAAAGACGAGAAGUCAGGGAUGGGAACCAGCCUGGACGCUUUAGUGCUCUCCAAAUCCAGGCUUCUCCAGACACCCCCACACAGCAUAUUUGGGAGCAUUAAAUCACGUGGUACAUGCAAAUACUUGUGGCAGGAUUUAACUUGCUGCAUGCACACGCGUCCUUCAGGGCUGUGUGUACGCUCUGCAGCCCAGGGCCUAAAGCCACCUGCUACUUGGAGACCCGUUGUGAGGCUCAAGCACAGUGGAGAAAACUUUUCUCCUAGGUGUGAGGUUUGUAGGUGCCAUGAGGCAUGGCAGAGCGGGUAGCUUGAGGCUCUGACUUGCCAUUAGCCUUGUCUUGAUGCUACCACUAGGAAUGAGUGAGGGUUAAAACAUCGCAUUUGUGGGAUCCGAAUUCCUGCCGAGCUCCCGUUGUCAGCAGGCUUUGAGCGCUGUGGAGGCAGUGCAUGCGAGGCUCACGCUGGGUGCUGCCAAGUGCCUUCAAUUCACAUGGAUUUCAGUGGAAACUGAGGGUGCUCAAAGCCUCCUAGGGUGGGACCCAAUGUGGCUGGGGUGAGGACAGCGCUCACCUCACUGCCUCUCAAGCAGCAGUUCCCCAGAGACAGCCUUUGGCAGGCUCUGGAUGGAGCCCCCUUCAGGCAGACAAGGAGGCUUUUGCUGAACUCGGUUUGAAUGCAGCCUUUGCGACUGUAGUGAUCUGGAACUCUCCUGGGUGUGUGGCAGGGGCAGCCUGGUACCUUCACGUGCUCUAAGGACAGGCCCGCAAAAGGCAGCCCUUGAAAGAUCUCGGCAGCAGGGUGGCCGAGGACUGUCUGGGCUGGUGGGUCGGUGUGUUUAGGUGCCGCUUCAAAGUGGAUGGGUUCAUCAUCUACAUCCCUGCCCCAGUGACAUGCAUCUUACUCAGCCACAGUCUGGAGCACCUGCAAUGGCAGUAGCGAGAUGCUGUCAACUCGUAAAGAGCCAAAGGCUGAAACUCCAUUAAGUGGAUAUAGGCGCACGUAUAUUUCUUAGUCUGUUUUACUGCUCUGAUGUGGUCAGGCAUUUAAAACGCUAGUUCCUUUGGGCCUGGGCUGGCUGCUAUGCUGGUCCGGUGGGUAGCGAACGUCAGGGAGGUUUGAUAAUCUAUUGCUGUUGGUGCUGCGGUGUCUGGGUUGCCAGGGAAGGUUCCACUGGAUUUUGUAUUUAAUUCACAAACCUUAAUUGGUUUAGGUUUCGUUUUUAACAAAUCUAAGCUUGGGUCCAGUUUGAGUUGACAAGCCUUUAAUCUUAUGCAAUGGUUCCUGCCUUGAACAUUACCCAGGUGGAUUUGUCCUCCUCAAGUGCAUGGGACAAGGGGUCAUGUGGGUCAGACCAGUUUUGUCUGCGAGGAGGGUUUGUAAGGAGAGUUUGCUUUGAAGCUCCCUGGUGCCAAAAAGUAGCGUCUGUUAUUCAGUUGACCUCAUAAUUCAAAUGCAGCCAAACUAACUACUAUGACUUUGAGAACUUCAAGAAAAAAUUAGCUUGUGGAUUCAGAAGCCUGUACCCCUGUGGUGGCCUUUACCACAUGUGUUCUGAAGCCCCAGACAUGGGAAUGCUGGAAGAUCCUUUCCUUCAGUAAUGAACAAGGGGGGUCUGGAUAUCUUAAAGGCUGUGUCUGGCUGUCUUCCACACACACCAAAUAUUUACUAGUUGGCCUUUGCAAAUCCAAACUAAAGUAACUUACAAUGUGCCUUUUGGAAUGUGCUGUCCCAGCCUUGCCCAUGGUACAGGUCACUGACAGCUGUCUUGCCCUUAUGCAAAGCUGGGUUAGUCCAGGGUCCUGUGAAAAGCAAGGACAUGGGUGAGGGGACAGCGGAGAAGACCCUUCCUCCUCAGCAGGAUGCACCCAGCAUUUUUAUGGACCCCCAGGUACACCUGCUUUGGUGAUGGUAGCAGCUGGUGUGUGUCCAAAGGGAACUGCACCCUCCUUUCUGAGGUUGGCAUCUGAACACGGAGAGGGAAGAAACUGCUUCCACAGGGAUGAACCCAGAAAUCCUUAGAAUAAGGCUGGUGAUGGAUCUGUGUAAACAACCUCCUGAGAUGGCCACUGAAAAAUGGCAUUUGAUGCUGGUCUGAGGAGGGGCCAGUUGAUACAACUGUAUUAAGACGAUAGAAAACUGCUUCUCCAUCCCUCCUCCUAUAGUGUCAGUCCCUAUGUUUGUACUUUGGGGCGUCAAGAGGGUUGUGCUAGUGUAGGACAGGGCUUGGACUGGAGUGACUCAUGGUGGGUACUGGUUUGCACUGGUGCUGCAUGCCUGUCUUCGUUUACAACCAGUGCAAACCACUAUCAAAGUACUUACGGUGCAAAGUCCUACAGCCUAGACAAGAGCUACGUAAGAUGUCCCUGUUCAGAAUUCCAGUUCUAAUUAAAUUGUAUUUCACAUUUGGUGGCUUGGUCCCACUCAAAGGCAUUCUUGUCUUUCAGAGUCUGGGUGAUGUUUUCUUGGGAUUCUUGACUUUUGCCCUGGAAACUUAAUACAAAUGGAAACUGGCUUUUUUUCAGCACCAGCCACUUAUAAAACUGGGUUUUUUCCCCCUCCUGUAGCAGUGGGAACCUGCUUUGCCAAUGCUAACAUUGUGCCUUUCUGUUAACCAGCUGUUUCAAUCCCAAAGUUAUAAAGACUGUGAAAGUGAUCAUCUGGAAACACCUUACUUUCAUCUCAUUCUUCCUCCCCCCUUUAAUCUGGCAUUAAAUGUGUGGACUCCCCUUAACAAAGUGUGUGUGUGUGUGUGUGUGUCUGAGUGAAAGUUUAACUUUGAAGUUAGCCUCUCAAAGGCAAAUUGUGCGUUUUAAUUUAAUCUUUUGUGGACUGAAGUUUAAAAAGCUGGUGCUAAUUGUGUUUACCAAUAAAAUUAGUCUUCAAAGUCUACCUUUUUAAAAAAUUUGCUGCUAUGAGUUUGUGUUUUAGUUGCAUGUCAAACAACCAAUUAAAGGUUUGUCACUAUUUUUAGUCUUAAGGGGUUUCCCAAGGGAAUAGUACUGCAGUAUUUGUAUAUUGAACGGUAUUUUAUCCUGGCAUAAUCUGGUGAAAUAUAGGGGUUUUUCAUUGGACUGGAAAAAGUGGACAAUUCAGUCAUCUUCCUUAGGAGUUUAGUAUAUUUUUAUAUAUAUAUUUUGUACCAAAAAACUGGAGUUCUUGGGAGCGUCUUCUUUUUGUUUUGGUUCUGAGACUGACAUAGAUGUGAAGGACUCUAGACCUAAGAAGAAAAGGUUUUACUAAAAGCAAGCGAGGCGGUGUGCGUGAAAACAAUUGUUCUUGUAACUGUGCCAAUUACUACCUGAUUUGCAUUUAUUAUUUUUUAUUAUUAAAAAAGCCAAAUCAUUCCUGUAUGCCACUUCUGAUUGCUUUAAACUACACCAGUUUGCUUUUUGGAGAACAAGCGUUGGCUAUGUUAUUACCUGGGGAAUGCUUGAGUUCUUUGUUGGAAACCAGACAGCAGCCCAGCCCACGUUAAAUAAGGGCUGCCUCCCUGAAGACAAUGCCUGCCCAUUGAGCUUGCAGUGUGUUCACGGCAGUGGUUGGGGUUCCCUUGGUGACCCUAGAGUUGGCUCCCUUGCAUUUUGUGAUGUUUUCUAGUAUUUUUGGACACUAAUGCUAGUGUAGACUCCAGACCUCUAGGCUGCUUUUAAUUUAUUUUGCAGGAAAACACUAGAAGUUGGUGUGUCAGACAACUUUGUAUAAUGUUUUUAUUCAUGUUAGUAUAUCAAUAAAUAUUUUUUUAAACUUUUCAAA